AAAUAAAUAUAGUAAAUAUUUAACAAUAAAUAAAAUACAAUUUGCUAAGAAAUUGUACGAAAGAUAUAUUUAUCAAAGAUAAAAUAUAUGUUGGCUAAAUAUAACUGCAACUUGUAAUGUCUGUAUGCUUUAAUAAAAAAAUUUAAUAUUAAAUGUGCAAAUAUUUUUUCCUCCAAUUAUUUAUUUAACAAAAUAUUUUUCAAAGACUUUAUUAUUUGCCGUCGAUUAAUUGAUAAGUAUUCAAAUUUAUGCAAGACAAAUGUCAUGUUAAAAGUGUAUCGUGUUUUUUAUUAUUUUUCAAGAGGUUCGAGCAUUCUUUGGUGGCGCGUGCCGAAAAUAACUCGACUCCGCGGAUGUUGUGUCGAGUCAACGCAGGGGGUAAAACGACACGCGUUCAUUGUAAGCUACGCGUGAGGACCCUUCUUCAGUUUCCUUCGAAAACUUGAUCAUCAUAGACCUCGUAGAACUAGAUCUCGUGUACUAGUCAACUAGUACUUAGUGCUGAGAAAAUUGAAAAUUUCAAAAUUAAUAACAAUAGUAAUUAAUAAAAACGGCAAAGUAAAGUGCGUGAGAGCAAGUUGAUAAAAAUAAACCAGCCGGUUAACGAACUGGUAAGUGGAUGUAAAUUAGUCAGUCUAAUUCAGACAGUCAUCUCUCAUUUCGCGUCAACAAAACACAAAGCACGAUGGUCAAGACCGGCAGACCGAUUAUACGGAUGGCCCCGACCGAGACCCAUUCAUCUGGUGGAAUUCAGUGUUGCUGGUGCAGAUGUUGCACCUGUAUACACAUCGAAUUCAUGAAAACUUUGCCGGGUGCUGUCAAAGUCGCUGAAACAAUAAUGAGUGGAUUGAUCCAGAGUUUGCUGAUAAAUUACGGACUUCGAUACAGUGCAAAUAUUGGAUCGGCAUUCGAAAGCGCUUUAACUACAUCGUCCGCGUGUUUUUUCACUUCCGCUCUACUGCUCGGCUGCUACGUAAUUUCAGAAAAGUCUUAUAAUCUCAUCCGGGCCUCGCUUUUUGAAAUGAUGUUCAACGCAUUUGCUUGUUUUUUCUACUUGAGUUCCGCUUCAUACCUCGCAUUCUCCACGAAAAUGUUCCUAGGGGUUCAAUAUUAUAUUACACCGGGAUUUGACGUUUAUCCGGCAAUGACUGCUGCCUACAUGAUGAGCGGAGUCGUCGGUGUAAUUCACGGGGCAGACGCGUAUUUUUCAUUUCGCCAUUACAGAGGAAGUAGAUAAUUACCAGUAAUUUUAUUAGGAUCCAUACAGAAAAGUGAAUUAUUAAAUAUCAAAAUAUUUGUUUAUAUAUUUAUAUUUUUUUUAUCCAAGUGUAAAUUUUUCGUAUUUUUUAUAGCAAAUUUUUAUAUUAAUACAAAAACAGAAAUAUUAA